CGAGAGGGCAUCAGGAUGGCUUUGUAUUGUACUGUCUUUGUGUUGUCAUUAACGGAACAUGAUUUGGCUGAUAACGAUAGCGAGCAUAGUGGGUGUUGCUCAGGCAGCUCAACUAACCGGAAGGGAACCCAUACCAAUCGUCAGUCAAGAUGUCGAAGUCAACUUUGACGGUACCUACAAAUCCUCGUACGAAACUGGUAACGGUAUAGCAGUCCAGGAGACUGGACAUUUGAAAAAUGCCGGAAACAAAGACGCUGAAGCGGAGGAAGUACAAGGUUCAUUUCAGUACACUGCACCCGAUGGAUCUCCAAUACUGAUACAGUACAUAGCAGACGAAAAUGGGUUCCAAGCUCAAGGAUCUCAUCUGCCCAUCGCACCCACACCUCCACCCAUCCCGGUAGCCAUUUUGCGUGCCCUGGAAUGGAACGCGGCUCAUCCAGAACAGGAAGAACCAUCCUCCAGGAAGUUCUAGUUCGAUGGACUUUGUGCUUACAAUAAAGGCCUGUGUUAUAAUUCUUUGUAUAUAAUAUGUUUCUACUGGGUUUUGUGCCAUGUACAAAAAUAAAUUGUUUAAUAAAA